AUGUCUUUGGACAAUUUGUAUGAUACUGUAUUUACUGGGGCAUACAAUGUCACAAUCACAGCGCUCUACUACAAUGACCAUCAGAUGAUUAGCCCAGCAAACUUGAUUCUUCCAAUUUCAACUCAGUCGUCAGCUCAGAACAAAGCAUCCGUCAUUUCACUUCCCGAUGGAAAUGCGACUGUUUCGUUCACUCUACCGAGGAAUGCCGAGAGAGCUGUAGUGAGUGUACUUGCUUCGGGAAAUGGCGCUGAAGAGUUUUGGUUUCGUAACGUGCCUACUGAGUAUACCGACACAUUCAACAAUUCAGCGCUUCAUGCCUACAGUCCGUUCAGGGAAGUGCAGGUUCUGAUCGAUGGUGAUAUCGCAGGUGUUGGGUGGCCUUUUCCCAUCAUCUUUACAGGAGGGAUAAGUCCUGGAAUUUGGGUGCCAAUAGUAGGAGUUCAUACAUAUGAUCUUCCAAGCUUUGAGGUGGAUAUCAGUCCAUGGUUAGGAAUACUCUGUGAUGGAAUGCCACAUUCGUUUGAAUUGGCGGUAGUGGGAUAUGAUUCCAAAACCACCUUUGGGACUGUAGGCUCAAAUUGGUGGGUUUCCGGGUCUGUAUUUGUCUGGAAAGAUGCUGGAGGCAAUCAAACUACAGGAACUGCAAUCGAAUCCAGCUCUGCAGAACCAAGUUUUCAACUCACUCCCAAUAUCAUUUCUACAUCAAACGCAAAUACUAGCCUGGAGCUGCACUUAUCAGCACAGCGAGUCCUCUCUCAUACCAGUACCAUCACGACUUCAUCAGGCCCGCAUACUUUGAGCUGGUCACAAUCUCUAUCCUACUCCAGCAUCAACAGCUAUACUGCAAAUGGUUCCAACAAGACGAUAUCAGCUCUCACGACCGGUACUUCGUCUUUUUCACCAUCGUCCAAGUACUCUCCCCCAAUCAAGAGUACAUUAUCCUACCCCAUCACGUUCCGCACAUCAUCGACCACACCCGUUGAUGCAACGACCGCAAAUUCGACCAUUGUCGCUUCUCUCGAUCGUUCACUUCUCAGCAACUCUGUUCCCAUCCUCUCUUAUCUCACUGCACCCGCUAUAUUCGAGAUACCACACGUUCUUGCGACGAGGCAAAUUGGAAGCUCUGUUUAUUACUGGAAUGAUACUUACUAUGAGUUUGCUGGCGCCAUUGAUCCCGCGAUGGGGACCUCUGGUAGUACUGAGCAGUGGUACUCAGCUGUGAGCAAAGUCGGGGUAUAUGGGAGACAUGUGAAGGCUGUUGACGGGUAUGAGCCUGUUUUAGUGGUGGAUGAGGAAUUUCCAACGACGCUCGCCGUUCCAGAUACGGAAUUGGUUGGAAUUGGAAAGUAG